AUGGGGAAGUACAAAGACAAUCCGAACUGUUGGACUCUCGGCUGGAUCAUACUCCUUAUUGGAAUAAGCUCCACUCAAUCAGCCGAUGGACCAGUCAACAUUGCACCCCUGACCAAGACCAUCUCUGGACUGAGUCCGGCUCAUAACGAACGAGUCUGCAGCACCUGGGGCAACUUCAACUUCAAAACCUAUGAUGGAGACUUUUUCCAGCUCCACUCUACGUGUAACUACAUCCUGACCUCGCAGUGUUCAAGCAACUAUGAGGACUUCAACAUCCAGCUGAGGCGGCAAGUCGUCAGCGGCGAGCCCCUGAUCACCAAGAUCACUAUGAAGCUGGACGGCACAGUGGUGGAACUUUCCGAAGGCUCCGUCAGUGUGGACGGACAGGAGGUCACUCUGCCCUUCAGCCAUUCUGGUGUCCUGAUUGAGGUCAACCCCAGUUACAUCAAAGUCAUCGCCAAGCUGGGCCUCGUCGCCAUGUGGAACAGAAACGAUGCUUUCAUGGUGGAAUUGGACAACAAGUACAAAAAUCAGACUUGUGGACUUUGCGGUGACUUUAAUGGAGUUCAGCUCUACAACGAGUUCAUCAAAAACGGGGCUGAGAUUUCCCCAUCAGACUUCGCCCAGUUUGCAAAGAUGGACGCUCCGACUGAAAGCUGCAGUGAAUCAGCUCCUCCAUCAGAUGAGACCUGUGUGAAACUGACCUCAGCAUGUGAGCAGAUGCUCUCCGGUCCACCUUUUAGCGACUGCAAAAACCUCGUCUCCCUCGACUCCUUCAUCAAAGCCUGCGAGUCGGACAUGUGCCAGUGCAGCGGCAACUCCAGCAACUUCUGCCUGUGCAGCACCAUCUCUGAGUAUUCACGGCAGUGUGUGCACGCUGGGGGCAAGCCGGGCCAGUGGAGGACGGAGCAGUUCUGCGCCAAGACAUGCCCUUUCCCCAACAUGGUGCACCAGGAGUGUGGGAACCCAUGCAUUAACACCUGCUCGAAUCCUGACCGAGGACAAGUGUGUGAGGAACACUGCAUCGAUGGCUGUUUCUGUCCCCCAGGUUUGGUUUUGGAUGAUCUGACAGGCCAAGGAUGCAUUGCACAAGACCAGUGCACCUGCAUUCACAACGGCAAAAUCUAUCAGUCCGGUCAGAGCUUCACCAGCAACUGUAAAGUAUGCACAUGCACCUCUAACAAGUGGAGCUGCACAGAGAAGGACUGCCCCGGUACAUGCUCCGUAGAGGGCGGAUCUCACAUCACCACCUUUGAUGGGAAACCAUACAACUUCCACGGGGACUGUUCAUACAUUCUGGCUGAGCAAACCAAAGGUGCUGAGUUUGUGGUUGUGGGAGACUUGGUGCGCUGCGGUUUGACGACCACCGAGACAUGUCUGAAGGCCGUGACCCUGGCUUUGUCUGCCGGAAGCACUGUGUUUAACAUCCAGCCUGACGGGAAGGUCUUUCUCAACCGAAUCUAUUCUCAGCUUCCUCUCUCUACAGCUGGUGUGAAUAUUUUCCGGCCCACCACGUUUUACAUCGUCGUCCAGACCUCUUUCGGGCUUCAGCUGGAGAUCCAGCUCGUACCCAUCAUGCAGGUUUACAUAACUGUGAAUGUGACUCACAAGCAAAACUUACUUGGUCUGUGUGGAAACUUUAAUGACAUCCAAAGCGAUGAUUUCACCACCAUGAGCGGAUCACGUGAAGGAACCGGUGUUGGUUUUGCCAACAGCUGGAGGACGAGAGCUAACUGUCCUGAAGUGAAGAAUACUUUUGAGAACCCGUGCAGUCUCAGUGUGGAAAAUGAAAAAUACGCUCAGAAAUGGUGCUCCCUGCUGUCUGACCCCAGUGGUGUUUUUGCCGCGUGUCACUCGGAGAUCAGCCCGGAUAUUUACCAAAAGAACUGCAUGUACGACACCUGCAACUGCGAGAACAGCGAGAACUGCAUGUGUGCCGCUCUCUCGUCUUACGUGCACGCCUGCGCCGCAAAGGGAAUCCUCCUCCCGGGCUGGAGGAGUGACGUGUGCAUGAAAUAUGCCUCCAGCUGCCCGAGCACCAUGGUGUACACCUACAACCUCCAGAGCAGCAUGCAGUCAUGUCGCUGUCAAAGUGACCCAGAUUUCACCUGCUCGGUGACCUUUGACCCGGUAGAUGGUUGCGUUUGUGAAGAAGGAACGUAUCUUAACGAUAACGGAAAAUGUGUUCCGCUGGAGAAAUGUUCCUGCUACUACAAAGGGUCUGUGAUUCCUCCUGCAGAAGUCAUCAGCAAGGACGGUGCCAUGUGCACCUGUAAGAACGGCAAACUUAGCUGCAUCGGAUCUGCCACAGAUCAGCCAUCUUGUUCCUCACCAAUGGUGUUCUUCAACUGCUCUAAUGCUGCUCCAGGAUCUACAGGCUCAGAGUGCCAGAAGAGCUGUAACACAGUGGACAUGGCCUGUAUCAGCACAGAGUGUGUCUCAGGCUGUGUGUGUCCUGCGGGGCUCGUGUCUGAUGGAAAAGGGGGCUGCAUCCAAGAGGCUCUUUGUCCUUGCGUUCAUAACAGUAAAAUUUACCAGCCUGGAGAAUCCAUCAAAGUCGACUGCAACACCUGCACAUGCAAGGACAGGAAAUGGCAGUGCGGUGUCGAUUUGUGCCAUGGAACCUGUACAGUGUAUGGUGAUGGACAUUAUGUCACAUUCGAUGGAAGAAGAUACACAUUUGAUGGAGACUGCGAAUACACCCUGGUCAGAGAUCACUGUGGCCACAGCAAUUCCAGCGGCAAUUUCAGAGUCAUCACCGAAAAUAUUCCCUGCGGAACAACCGGCACCACCUGCUCCAAAGCCGUCAAAGUCUUCCUGGGGAGUAACGAGCUCUUACUAACAGAUGGAGGCUAUGAAGUUAUUCAAAGAGGUGCAGGAGAUGAAAUUCCCUACCAGAUCAGCGUUAUGGGCAUUUACAUGGUCAUUGAGGCUAAUAAUGGGCUUCUUCUGGUGUGGGACCAGAAGACAAGUCUAUUCAUCAAGCUUAGUCCUAACUUCAAGGGUGAGGUGUGUGGUCUCUGCGGAAAUUAUGAUGGCAACACGAACAAUGACUUUACCUUGAGAAACCAGGGUGUGGUAACCAAUGCACUGGAUUUUGGAAACAGCUGGAAGGAGUCCUCCAGCUGCCCUGAUGCUAGUCAGAUCAAAAAUCCAUGUACUUUUAACCCCUAUCGGCAAGCCUGGGCCCAGAAACAGUGCAGCAUCAUCAUGAACGACAUCUUUGAGAGCUGUCACACACAUGUUGACCCCACACCGUAUUACUCUGCAUGCGUAAGAGAUGCCUGUGCUUGUGAUAGCGGAGGAGAUUGCGAGUGUUUCUGUACUGCUGUAGCUGCUUACGCUCAAGCCUGUAAUGAGGGGGGAGUGUGUGUCGCUUGGAGGACACCGAAAAUCUGCCCACUGUUCUGUGAUUAUUACAACCCUCCUGGUGAGUGCGAGUGGCACUACAAACCCUGUGGUGCACCCUGUAUGAGGACUUGCAGGAACCCCAAAGGAACGUGUUCCAGCCAGAUACCACCACUGGAAGGCUGUUACCCAAAAUGUCCUGAUGAUCAGCCAUACUUUGAUGAGGACACAAUGAAAUGUGUGAAGAAGGAAAGCUGUGGCUGCUAUUCCAAAUCAAAACAUUACAACAAUGGAGAUGAGGUCCCGAGCACACAAAACUGUCAGAAAUGCUAUUGUACUUCAUCAGAAAUCAACUGUAAAACAGAUGAUAAUGGUAAGAAUGAAUUCUUACCACGUAGCAUAUUCCAGCACUUGAAACUAAUGGUUGUGUAA